AUGGGGAGAUACUUCGGCCUCAGAGGCCAAGCCCUCAACUGGGCCAUUGGCACUAUUGCUGGCUGCGACUUUCUCUUGUUUGGUUAUGACCAAGGUGUCAUGGGAGGUAUCCUGACACUGCCCAUCUUCCUUAACCAGUUCCCCGACAUCAAUCCAGAUCUUGCUACGGAUCCCUCUGAUGCGUCUAAGCGCUCUACUUACCAGGGUAUUGCUGUGGCAUCUUACAAUCUGGGAUGCUUCAUCGGCGCCAUCAUCACCAUCUUCAUCGGUAACCACCUCGGUCGUCGGAAAAUGAUCUUUCUUGGUACUUCCAUCAUGAUUAUUGGCGCCAUCUUGCAAUCUUCUGCUUUCACUCUGGAACACUUCAUCAUUGGUCGUAUCAUUACAGGUCUUGGCAACGGCGGUAACACAUCAACGGUCCCCAUGUGGCAGUCUGAGACGUGUUCUGCCCAUAAAAGAGGAAAGCUGGUCAUGAUUGAAGGUGCCCUCAUUACUGGCGGCAUUAUGAUUUCUUAUUGGAUCGACCUUGGCUUAUCGUUUGCUCCCGGCUCGGUUGCUUGGCGAUUUCCUUUGGCCUUCCAGAUUGUCUUUUGUAUCUUCAUUCUUGCCUUUGUCCUCGGCCUGCCUGAGUCGCCCCGGUGGCUCAUUCUCAAGGGUCGCGAAGACGAGGCUAGAGAAGUUAUUGCUGCCGUUUCAGACGUUAACAUUGGAGAUAAGCAUGUCGAGAACGAAUUCCAAGCCAUCAAGGAAACUGCCAUGGAGAUGAGCAAGGGAACCUAUGGCGAGCUAUUCCAUGCUGACCACAACCGCACUCUUCACCGUACUAUCAUUGCCUACGUCAACCAGAUGUUCCAGCAGAUUUCUGGUAUUAACCUCAUUACCUACUAUGCUGCUAAAAUCUACUCUGACCUCGGCAUGAGCCCCUUCAUGUCUCGCCUUCUCGCUGCUCUUAACGGUACUGAAUACUUCAUCGCUUCUUGGCCCGCUGUCUUCCUCGUGGAGCGUGUUGGGCGCCGAAAGCUCAUGCUCUUUGGUGCUGCUGGUCAAGCCGCCACCAUGGCUAUUCUUGCUGGUGUCAAUUCGCGCCCGACGGAAAAGCCUUUCCAGAUUGCGGGUAUCGUCUUCUUAUUCGUAUUCAACACUUUCUUUGCUAUUGGAUGGCUGGGAAUGACCUGGCUGUAUCCUGCAGAGAUUACCCCUCUACGAACUCGUGCUCCGGCCAAUGCUCUGUCAACUUCGUCCAACUGGAUCUUCAAUUUUUUGGUUGUCAUGAUCACGCCCGUCUCAUUCACCAACAUCAAGUGGAAGACGUAUGUCGUAUUUGCCGUUCUCAAUGCUUUUAUGGUUCCUUGCGUCUACUUUUUCUUCCCUGAGACAGCCUACCGCUCCCUCGAAGAGAUGGACGCUAUCUUCCAAAAGGUCAAGGGCUUCCGCGGAGCCUUCGACGUUGUUCACCAGGCAAGAAUCGAGCCACGCCGAUACGGCAAAAAUGGAGAGCUUCUUAUCCCUGUGGAUGAGAUUGACGAGAAAGCCAACGCAGAGCACCACAACGGCAGCACCAGUGAGGGCAGCGAUGCUAACAAGGGCAUGUUCACGGGCAUAGAUGAAGAGACUGCUCGGAGAUGA